AUGGAUACUGCCAGCAGCCUUGUAUGGUAUCCAUGCGCCUUAAACAAACUGCCUUACGCAGAACCAACAAACAUGUCGAUUUUCGACCCGGGUUUAUCAUCUUCUGCUAAGGUUUUAGGCUGCACAAACCCAAAAUGUGGUUGGCUUGCGAAUCCUAACGUAAAUGAUCGAUGCCAAGGCUGUCAAACCAACAAGAACAAUUGUAAUCAACCUUGUCCACCAUAUUUUUAUAUGAAUGGUUAUGCAUCAAGUAUUGGGGUCUUUUUCUCUGAAAGUCUACGCUUCACGAAUAAAGCAGUAAUGAAUGAUUUUGUCAUUGGCUGCUCUAAUACAACCUCUAUAUGGCCUGCCGGUGUUUCUGGAUUCGGCCGCGGUCCCGGGUCACUGCCGGCUCAGAUGGGGAUCAAGAAGUUCUCAUAUUGUCUAGUAAGCCAUGCUUUUGAUGACAAGGCUAAAAGUAGUGAACUUGUUCUACAUACUGGGCCAAAUACUGAUGAAAAUGACAUUACGCUUCAGUAUACACCAUUUCACAGAAUCACUGAGGCCUCAUUUUCUGUAUUGAAUGAAUAUUAUUAUCUGAGUCUUGAAAAGAUUAGCGUUGGUGGGGUUGAUGUUAAUGUUCCUUCCAAGUAUCUAGUGCCAGAAUCCAAUGGCAAUGGUGGGCUUGUUGUGGAUUCUUCAAGCAUGUUAACGUACAUGGACAAAGCAGUCUACGACAUGGUAUCACAACAAUUUGAGAUGCUAAAAAAUCCUGAGUAUGCUAGAGCUCCUGCUGACAUGGAAGAUGAGUGGGGAUUGAAGCCUUGUUUUAUUGUUCCAAGCAAAAAUCCAAUGGAUUUUCCUGAACUGACUUUACACUUUGAAGGUGGUGCAGAAAUGGAGAUCUCAAUGAUGGAAUAUUUUUCCUACAGUGAUGAUCAAGAUUUGGCUUGUAUGAGCCUGGUCACAUCUGAUUCGGGCGAUGCUGGAAAUGCAGUCGGGCCGUCAAUAGUUUUUGGAAAUUAUCAGCAACAAGAUCUUUACUUGGAGUUCGACUUAGAAAAUGAGAGGCUUGGAUUCAGGGAUCAAACGUGCUAA